AUGUUUAAACCUCCUCCCACCGCUGAAGAAGAAGCUGCACCUGAAAUAGAAGAACCUUCUCCAGCCGCUGAAGAAGAAGCUGCACCUGAUAUAGAAGAGUCUCCAGCUGCAGAUGAAGAUGACUCAAAACCCAAACCAAAGGCAUUUGCUCCAGCUAUAGCUGUGCCUAAGAUACCAGAGGGAGAAAAAGUCGACUUUGAUGACAUCCAAAAGAAGCGUCAGGAGAAGGAUCUGACUGAGCUUCACUCUCUGAUUGAGGCCCACUUCAUUCAGAGGAAGAAGGAUGAGCAGGAGCUUGUAGCUCUUGUUAACAGGAUCGAGAAGCGUCGUGGUGAGAGGGCUGAACAGCAGAGGAUCCGUGCUGAAAAGGAGAAGGAGAGGCAGGCUCGUGUUGCUGAGGAAAAGGAGAGGAAGGAGCAGGAAGAGGCUCGUAAGAAGCAGGAUGAGGACGCCAAGAAGAAGAAAGCUCUUACAAACAUGACUCAGCAGUAUGCUGGCGUCCAACAGAGGCAAGAUGGCAGGAAGGGAGCUAAGAAGCAGACAGAGAGAGAGAAGAAAAGGAAGAUCCUGGCAGAGAGGAGGAAGCCUCUCAACAUCGACCAUCUCAACGAGGACAAACUGAAGGAGAAGGCCAAUGAGCUGUGGCAAUGGCUGAUGACGCUGGAGGCUGAGAAGUUUGACCUGAGCGAGAAACUGAAGAGACAGAAAUAUGAUAUCACUGUGCUCCAGACUCGAAUCAAUGAGCAGCAGAAGUUAUCAAUCUGCUCCAGGCUCGCGUUCAGGACCACCAGAACGCCAAAGGAAGAGGCAAGACCAAGGGCAGGCUGAGAUAGAAGGGAACCUCAGCAGGAGUACUCUGAGGAGACGUCGGAAAAUGAGCAGCAGUGUUGAAUCUGGUGACAUUAAUGUUCACUUUAACAGAGAACAGAGCACUGCAAAAGCUGAGUGUAGACAUAAACAAUAAAGGAUC